CCCACGUGAAACAAAUGACCUGCAAUGUCGUCGUGGUUGGUGGGGGUAUAUCAGGAUUGUACAUGGCAGAGACACUCAUGCGGUUGAAAAAAGAAAACAACGUUUGCUUGUUCGAGAAAGAUUCCAGAUUUGGUGGAAGGAAUUACGACGUCAGGUUUAAGCAAGCACCAAACAUCAGCAUUAAUCUAGGAUCCUGGCGUGUGGAUAAGAAAAACAAAAGAGUGAUGGAUUUAGCACGACGCCUCAACAUUCCCAUGUUGUCUAUUGGAAAACUCACAGACAUUUUUUUUCAAGCAAGAGGUGUUCGUGCAUACACCUUUCAGUCUCUUAAGGAAAAAGCUUUCUCUACGCUUAUGUCAGGACCGUUUUCCAAUAUGACGUGGUUGGAAAUGUAUCUGUUUGCUUGGAGGAACAUGACCAAAGAAAAAGCGCUUGAGUUUCCUUUUUACCGAGACUUCAUGUGCGAAAGACUUGGAAGUGAAGGUUGCGAGCUACUAUAUGCCAGAUACGUUGACAAGAGAGAUUUCUACGAAGAAAGUACGUUAGACAAAUACGAAUUCGAUGAAGCUGUCAGCUACUUUUCGUACGAUUUCUACAAACCAAGAGGCGGUAUAUCAGAUAUUACAACAGCAUUAAAAAUUUCUGCGCAGCGCUUUGGAGCAAAGCUGGUUUUAAAAGAGAAAAUAAAUGCUUUAGAGAGGAAGGCAGAUGGUUUUGACGUCCAUACGGAUCAUUUUAAAGUGUCCGCCAAAAAACUAAUUAUUGCUGUUCCGACUCUUCCAUUUGAAGCCAUUAGGGGAGAUGUCGCUGCAGAUGUCAAAAGUAAUGUUUUAUUUGGUUCCAUUCAGGGAGCAAACGCAUUUAAAGCAGUGGCCAUUUAUAGUUCUCCUUGGUGGGAAGAUUAUCUUCCCAAACGGAACCGAACCGAGCCAAUUGUCGAAACGUUUUGGUCAGCAUCGACAUGUCUUGUGUUAGUCCCUUAUAAUGGACGAGGACCCCAAGGAGAAGCCAUUAUCCAACUGUCGUAUGCCUGGUUGGGAUGCGCUGCAAAGUGGGGAAAGAUGUCUGAGCUUCCACGAUCAAUCUUUGAAGCGGAAAUAAAGAAAGCUGUCCAAGAAGUGUUUCCAGAUAAAGUUGUGCCAGAUCCACUGGAUAUGGUGUUCAAAUUUUGGGAUAAAGUAGCUUGGCAUGAAACAAAGGCAGGGUCCAACGUGAGCCGACACGAUGUGAAGAAAUGGGCGAAACGUCCUUUCCCUGGAGAAGAAAUUUACUUGGUUGGUGAAGCGUUUUCGUUACAGGUUGGAUGGAAUGAAGGAGCUCUGUCGAGUGCGUACAACGCACUCGAGGAAGGAUGGGAAAUAUCAGAUCCUGAGACGAAUUGAAAGAGGAGCCGAUGUUGUGCCAGGUUAUACAUCGGAAAAAUAGAAUAUUUUUUUAAUCCUUCCCUUCACGUUCUUAACCAUGAUCACAUGUCUGGGCGAGGUUAAGGUUCUGAAAUCUGAAACCUGAAAAAUAAUUUUUAUGUGAUUCUAUGUGAUACAAGUGUUCGUCAGCAAAGACACUAGAGACUGGGACAGUUUUAUAUCAUCAAACAAUAUGGAUGUGACUACUGAAACGUUUAGUAAAACAAAAUGAAAGGGAUAACUUUUACUUUACCUAAUGAGUGAAUGUUAGUCAACAUGAGCUUACAUCACCACUGCAGAUACAAAAACUAUACAGAUUUUAAUUUCUCUGAAAGCUGAAACUUCAGUCUAGAACUCGUCUUAAAAUUGGAAAGUUAUCAUUGUAAAUCAAAGUAUUGGUUUUGGUAGAGGGAGGAAAACCGUAUCACUCAGAGAAAAAAAAACCUAAAAAUAAGGAUGAGAAACAACAGCAAACUCAGUCCUGCUGUUACGCUAGGGACCCGUUUCUCAAGAGUAUCGGUAACUUAUUCUAACUCUGAGUCAAAGUGAUGGUAGCUCGGAUGGUGACUCAAAAACCAGAAUUUCAUCCCUACUCCUUAACCUAGGCUGUUGGCUCGAAACAAAAGUUUAGUUUAUUACUUUGCUCUCUUAUUCGCUUAAGUGUAAUUUAUUGAUCAAAAUCUAAAAAUUGAUUUGUUCAA